ACAGUUACAGUAAUGAGUUAUAUAGUUGCCAAAGGAUGCGAUUAUUAGAAUUGUAGGAAAUUAUUGGGAUUAGUAAUUCAAACUACAGCAGUAAGUCAGUAGAGUGAAAUGAUUCUCAUUAUUCUCGUUGUUGUACCUGUGUCAGUGUUCGUAUGAUUUAAUGCAGAUGUGAUACAAUUAGAAGGUGGGUGUCUGAUUGGGGUUUGCUUAUUUGCUGUCCCAUGAAUGUGACAACGUACAGAAUGUCCAGUGUUGCCUCCGGGUAUCGAUCCUGUUCCACCGAUGUCACUCAGAAGAAGACGCUCCCACAAUUGUUGGGUACAAGACUCCAAAGGCAGAGACAGAGAUGUCCUUCAGAACCUCAACUGAAAGAGACCGUGGUUCAGUUUAUGAGGCACCAUCAGAACCUUGGUGACCUACUCCUGGAGGUAAAUGGAUCAAUGAGCAAACGUUUAUCUCAUUACGGUAAAGUUAACUCUGAACAUCAAAUUGCCGAUUCUCCUGGUAAAGGCACUUUUAUAGCCUCUGUUCUACAAGAGCAAGCUUUGCAGAUGGAUCUGCCUGUUGGAUUUUUGGCUGCCAGGGCAUCCAUGGAGAAAAUUCAACAGAUUAUGCAACAGGGGACUAUUCCUAAACGUGCUGUUAUAUUGGAUUCUGGUCAACGUAGAAUGUUUGCCUGUUUACUUCAGAGUAUGCAAGAACUAUUGUCCUCCAACAUGCUUAGCCGGCUGCAAUUUAUUGAAGAGAUUUGGAAGGCAAAGGAAUUACCCACUCUGGAAAUUGUUUGGCGUUUGCACAAGGAGAGCAUUGUGAGCCUUGAAGAGCUGGUGUCAAGUAACCCAGAUGUCUCUGCGGUGGUUUGCUGGCUCUUCAAUGAUCUCCUUUGUUUGGGAACGGAAGACGCUGACCAACAUGAAGAUGUACAGAGGCAGAUACUAUUAGAUCUUGUGAUUGUCUUGGUCAGAAAUGCAUUUCAAAAACUAAAUAUUGUGGAAUCUGACCCUAAGGUACAGCACUUAACACAGAUCUGUUUCACAGUGUUGGGUAAAAUGAUUCCAUAUUUACUGGACACUGUUUGGAAUGAAGGAGAAAGAGAACACUCUGCUGAACAGAAAACAACAAUUUUCUGGCUAGAUAUGUUUGACGUGACAUUGUUCCAUGGUGCCAUCUCUCUGGAUUCCCUAAAACAAUUCUUCUACCACACACUGACACAGAGUCUGACCUACAAUCCUGUGCUUGAAGCAUCUGAAGCAAUUCGCAGGCAGGGAGAAUGGUGUUUUGCUAAAAGUAAGCCACUUUUAGUAACCUUAUACAGAAAGCUAUUUGUUCUAUUCAGUGCAGAGGAGUUGAUCACUCAUUUUCAGCAAGUUCUGGAAUCCCAUGAGGUUAACUGGCAGUGUGUACUCUCCUGUGCUUCAACAUUAUUGGUCUGCCAGCCAGAAAGCCAAAAGUAUCUGAAAGAACUGUUGACUAAGUUGCUGAUAAAUGCAUUUGAAAACUAUGAAUUGGAGAGUAUGAUCACAGCAUUCCUGCUUGCACGUCAGGCUGCACUAGAGGGACCAGCUGUUUUCAUCAGCUAUUCUGAAUGGUUCAAGAAUUCUUUUGGGUCUGCGAGUAGUUACCAUGGCAGUAGCAAGAAGUCACUAAUUUUCCUGCUGAAAUUUUUGACAGACCUGGUGCCAUUUGAAACUGCACAGUAUUUAAAGGUCCACAUAUUAUAUCCUCCUUAUGUGGCAUCAAAGUAUCGUGUUAUGCUCCUGGAAUAUAUCUCACUGGCUAAAACUCGACUUUCAGAUUUCCAGGUGUCAAUUGAAGAGUUAGGUUUGUAUGAGGACCUGUCAACAGCUAAUGCUCCUCCUAAGCCCCAGUGUCAAGCCAUGCAGGAUGUUGAGAGAGCUGUUCUAAUAUUUGAAAACAGUGGAAAGAUUCCAGCUAGCGUCAUGGAAGCAAGCAUUUUCCGAAGGCCAUAUUACUUGACAAGAUUUUUGCCUGCUCUGCUUACCCCUCGUCUGUUGCCUCCUGCCCAGGAUUCACGCAUGGUCUUCAUUGAUUCCCUCAGAAAAGCAGAUAAAAUACCAGAGAAUCUGUAUGCGAGCUAUGUUCAAGCAUGUGGAAGAGAGAAACGGUGUCUACUUGAAGCAGAUGUUUCCAUGUCUGAGGAAGUGCAGUGUCCAAUGGAACCGAUUGGAGUCCUGACAAAUGCUCUUGAAGAGCUGAACAAAGUUGUUACUGAGCCAAGUGAUAUUGGUGUUGUUUCUGCUCAGAUAGCUGUAAUCUCUGGUCAGCUGAAAACUAUGAUAGAUACUGAUGAUGAUUGCACUGCAAUGGAUAAACCAAUCCAAUUAGAAAUUGUUAUACAUGAAUUGACUCCUGUAGAAUCAGAGGUCAGAGAUCUUCUAUUGAAGAGCUUUUGUCAAACAUUUAUUACAGCAACAAACUUCAACCCACCACAGAGACAAGGUGAAUGGGCCUCUCUGUUUGUGAAAAUGUUGUGUGGCCACAGAAAACUUUUAAGUGCAGUUCUUACACGAGUCCUACAUUUGACCACUCACCAGGGUUCUUCUCUUGCUGACGUCCACAUUUUGGGAUUGGCUGCUUUCACUGUUCAUCUACACAUCUUGCAGCUCAUCCUAUUACCAAUGAAUUCCACAGGACCUGUAGCAGAGUCAGCCGGUCAAGAAGGACUUUCCUUUGCUGAGUAUCUAAACCAGUUUUUGAUCUGUAGAACUGGAGAAUUUUCAACAUUCUGUAUGAGGUUUUGUGCAGCAGCAGUUGCUUAUGCCAUUAGCUUGUCACCAUUGCCAUCAAUUGACAUUAUAAAACUCUCUGUUCCUUCUGGGUUCGUCCAAAAGCUACAGUACAUAGUUCCACGACUGAUUCCAGAAGCUCGACAGGAACAGGAGGUCAUAAAGGAAUCCAUGUGGCAUAAUCUUGUUGACCUUAAUUUGAAUUGGAGAACUGCAGCUCUUUCACUGUUUAAACAACGUCUAUUCAAGGAACUUACGAAGGUGAAAGAAUUCCAGUUAACGUUCCAUGAGUGGUUGAUGUCUGAACUGGCUGUCCAACCAGACAAAGAUCUACUAGUUGACCUGGAGAGACAAGAUUAUCAGCACUGGGCCUGUUACCAACUUUAUCUGCCAUCUCCCCUUUCUGAGGGAGGAUGUGGAGGGGAUUUAGAGACUGCAUGUAGGAUUAUCAUGAAUGCAUUAAUGGAUUUCCAUAAAAGAGCUAAGGUGCGGUACUGCGAAGAGUCUGACUGUUCGGAACUUUCUUCACUCAAUAGAUCGUGCUAUGAGAGUAUUACUUGUCGAUUACAGGAAAUGGUGUUUGAUCUGGAGAAGGUAUGGACAAAGGCAUUAAAUAAAAGUGGCCAUUUUCUUCUGGAUGUGUUUCAAGACCGUAUGGCAAGACUGGAAUUGUCAAACCUCAGCAAGAAGUUAGAGCAUCAGAUUGAAUUGCAAAUAUUCAUCAGAAUUCUAGUGGUACUUCCUCCCAGUUUGCUGUUCAAGACUCGCAAAGACAGAUUAAGGACAACUUUGGAAUGUGAGGCAUUCUUUCACUUCACAAACACUGAGCUGCGGAAUGAUUGCUCGAAGGAAUUUGCGAUUCCCUUUGGAGUUACCUUGCAUUUCUUCAGGGGUUUGCUUAAUGCUUGUGUUGAGUGUGAAGAACCAGAUUGUGUUGUUGCUGACAUUCUGAGCGUUGCCAGAACACGUUGUCCUCUGCUCUUAUUAUCUGCAACGUUUUGGUGGCCGAGAUUGGAGCAAGUGCUGAUUACACAAUGGAAACGGCUUACUGAUGAUACAUUUCCCAGAGAAUUACAGAGGAUGGUGGACAACCAGUGCUGGGCCAACAGGUUACUUUCAGGGAAAGUGGAAUGCUCACCACCUGAUAUUCCCUGGGUUCUUGGUGCCUCCUUAUAUUUUACUGCAAAAAGGAAAACUGGACUGGCAAUACUUCAGACAACAAUGAAAAAGAUCUGUGCUGAAAAUGAGCUGGUUUCAGUGCUGUGUUUCAGUUUGAUGGAUUUGAUCUCAUCCCUAUUGAAACCAAAGGAAUCCUCAGCAUUAACUGUUGCAUUAAAAAUAUGCGCUGAUGUGAUCUUGGUGUUGGAGGAGCAGAACAAAUCCUGGCUUAAUAUAUUUUUGGUGGCGAAUAAGGAUCGUGGGCCGCACCAGAUCCUGUACAACAUCACCUCUGACAUGGAGAUUAAGAUUCUUCCUGUUGCCUUCUACAGUCUUAUUCCUGGUCUGGAUCCAAAACUGCUUUCUUCCAUCAUCAAACGUUCAGAUUUCCUCUCAGUCGCUAUCAUUCUGUACACUGGAAUGGUCAAGCUCUUCCUUGAUGGAGAAGAUACAAUGUUGGCCUCAAAUCAGUGUGAUCUACAAAGCUCCAAGCAGCCUGACCCUUUGGGAUUAAUAACACGAGGCCGUCAGUUCCUCCUUCGUGCAAUUCCAGUUUGUCCUGCACAAACAUGUUUACAAAGCCAACUACAAGUUGCUUGGAAAGACAUUGACCCAGAACUGAAAGCUGCACUUGGUCAUCAUCUGAACGUCUGCAAUGGUGAUGAUCUAUAUUCUGAACCAACUAUUCUAUAAAGAAUAAGGUGGACUGAAAUUUUGCAUGUUACCGGUUUUAAAAGAUUAUUCUGCAAGAUGCUGAAAAUGGGUAACCACUGGCUGGCUACAUAUUUCAGCAUUCAUGCAAAACCAAAAAGCCCUCUCUAUUUAGUUACCUCUGACAAUCAAAACAUGUCCCAGUCUAAAACGUGUCAGAUAGUUUGUGUACUGUAAAUUGAAUUACUUUCCAAUGUAAAUUUUUAAUAGGAAAUGUCAAGCUAUAUGAUUUCUGAAUUUAAUAAGCACACAACAGCACAGGGAAAUGUUCUUGAGCUUUGUUAGUGAGCUCUUUUUGGUUUUGUUUUGAAUUAGCCAGAUAACUUGUUCAGAGUACUUUGUCUUAC